AUGAUGACCCCCGUAUCUCGAUUACUCGUCCUUUCCAUGCUUGCCAAAUAUGCAUUGGCAUCCAAUGAAGACAAUCUCACCGAUUAUAUGGACGUUGAUUUUGACCCCCUAGACUUGAAGAAUACAAAGAUUCCCGUUACUUUGGACAUUUCAAAGGGCAUCCCAAAGGAAGUAGCAGCCACGCUAUCCGUAGGACUGCCCAUUUCCUUCACGUACAUAAUAAAACCAGGGUAUAGAAGGACCCACAGAAUUGGCAAAAUUGCAGACGAUGACGAAGUAAUCAUUGAAGACAAUGAAAUGAAUUCUAACAGGUUUGCCUUUUACUUUGGUACCGACAGCGGCAGAGAGUACAUUAGGGUUUUUAACGUCAUAAGCCUCUCUAGUGGAUCCAUAAUUCAUAUUGAUGAGUUUUCAAGAGAAACUACCGACUUGGUCUACAAGAGGAUCUUUAGAAAGCCUGUCGAUCUCGAUCUUCUUUCUCAAAAUUACAACGAGUUAAUAAACGUCAGUGUACUCUCCGAUACAAAUCAUACGGAAGGAAUCACAGGGUGUUUUACCAUAAAACCAGAAGCGUCAUUAUCCGCAAUCAUUGGUGCAGUUUCGUACGGUGGAUAUACAAUUGAGGAUAGAGUGGAUGGGCUCAUAUACAGGAAAGUCAUCUGGGAAGGCGGGCUGAAUAACCCAAAGAUUACCAUUAUUUCAAGAUAUAACGAUUCUUCAGAAACAAAACAAACUUUUGUAAGAGGCGAACAAGGCUUCAUACUACUCAUUUGA